AUCCGAUGGUGUGCACGAGGUUUCUUCUCUCUUUUGUCUUGGCGGUUGGCGACUUGGCAUUUGCAAGUUUUUGGAAGUUGUGAAUUAUUGUGAUUGAAUAUUUACAGUAAUAAGUUUACAUAAACUUAUUUUUAAUAAGUUGAUCUCAAGUUAUAAUAGUUGUUAAUAAAUUGAGUGAGUGACUGUGUUGGCGGUUGGCGACUUGGCGUUUACAAGUUUUUGGAGGUUGUGAAUUAUUGUGAUUGAAUAUUUACAAUUUUUUUGAAAAAAUGAGCUCUUUUAAGAAGCUGGAAAAAGAAAACUACAAAUAUUUCAUAGUUCAAUUUGAUGACGGGUUCGAACUAGUGCCAAGAAAAUGGAUCAUGAGUGAAACGAGGGAGUGCUACUGGCCUCUUUGCAGUACAUUGAAGGAGUAUGAUCGGGCUGUCCAAUCAAUGGAUGACCCCAAAGACGAUUGGAAGAAGUGUCACAUAGAAAAAAUAUUAGGUGGAGCAAAAACAUUCCUAAGAGGGAAGGAGAAGUUGAAAAGGGCAGGAGAUAACAGUAGCCUGACAACUGACAUUGACGAGAAAAAAAGUAGACAUUCAAGAGCCUUGAAGCGGCAGUUCUCGCCGGCCACAUCAUCUGCAAGUGACGGAGAAGAUGAAGAUGAGAAUAUUACAAUUCCGCCAUUACCGAAAAUACCUGCUAUCAUCAAUAGGCCUAGUAUGCCACAAGGAGGAUCAUCUGCUAAUGUUGCAGCAACUCCUACUGAUCAAUCACAUGAAACUAAAACAAUACUGAGAGCCAUAGCCGGCGUCAAAUACACAUUGGCAACGAUGCAGGCCAACCAGGAGGAAAUCAAGGAAAGGAUUGAGAAAAUGGAGCAGCGCUUCUUGAACAAUGAAAAUGAACAGAUCCUAGGUGAUGGAGAAGAUGAGAAUGUUUCAUCACUUCUUCCUAUCAAGUGUGAUGAAGACUUCAAUGCAGUGGACGACAACCUUAGUAACGUGCUCUUUAAAAGAAAACUGGUGACGGAAUUGAAGAAAAUCGGAGGAAGUGAAAUGAAAAAUGUGGUCUAUAAUGUUCUCCCGAAAAUAUUUACGAAUGAAGUUGCAGAAAAAUAUAGCUGGUUUGGAGCUAAGGGCAAAAGAGCCUUGGCUUGCUCCAACUUCAGCGGUCUGAUAAAGGACGUAGUACGCUGUCAUUUCAAAGAUGCUACCGAUACAAACAUUGAGAUACCAAUAAAGAAGUGGCUUUCUAAAGCCAAGGAAAGACUUCAGAGAGAUGCUAGAAAAAACAUGAGCAGUGAUGAAAACAACAACUGAUAACGAUGAAAACAAGUUACAUCGACAUCUUUUUACAAUUUUGAUUGGCUAUCUGAUCGGUCACAUGCUACAAAUAAGACGCCAUAGUUUUGCCAAGAUUCUGUUUAAUUCC